UUCUAAUUCAGGGAGCAGGUGCUAAUUAUGCUGAUCUCCUUCUCCUUUGCUUUGUGAACCUGAAGAAAAGCUGAGAUCUGUUAGUAUAAUUGAUGGAAAUGUAAAACAAUGCACGGCAGAAUGGUGAUAAUAAUACUUUUUUUUUUUUUUAUUAAAUGUAUGAAAUACGAUGUUGAACCGUACGAAGUUUUAUAGAGACACACUUUAAAGGGACACUGUUAGUACGCAAGAGCUGCUCCAGAAAUCAAACAACAAAACUGAUAUAAUUGUGGUUCUGCUGAGAUUUAGGACACCAGAAAGCCCAAAAAAAAACUGUCUGAUAUAUGGAUUCCAGUAUCACACCUUCUUUUCCUCUCUGUCCCUUAUAAAAUGUAACCAAAGAACACAGGAGCACGUCUCCGGAGAUCAUCCGCUGGUCUUCGACCUGAAAACCAGUGCCGGCGCUGCUAUUUUCAUCUAUUUUGGUGUCUCGUUAAUUAACAUACGUAUGCUGGAAAGUUCUUUGGGUCUGUGGUGAGAAAAUACCCGGGUGAGAAAAUACCACACAUGAGUGAUUGUACCAAAGUGAUGAAGGAGAAAGGAAGGAGAAACGCUAGCUUAAUUCCUUUAUUGUGUUUUAGACAUGCUUGGAUGUUCAUUGAUGAUCUCGUUUAAAUCCUUAAUGCCCCGUGAAGCAUGUGCUGAAACCGGCACUGCUCUCCUGCUGCUUUUCAGACAAACGAACUUAUUUUCUAACUCUGAAAGUUUUAUUUCUUUCUGUAUCUCUUCCAGAGAACGGAUGUGAACUCUCGUCCUCACGCUACAGCGACUGUGACAGCACAUUUUGUUCUUAUCUGACUCAUUAUCGUCUGGAGUACUUCUCACCCAACGUCGAGAGGAUCCGAGAAACGUACAGCAGGAAAUCCCACCCGAGAUCUAAACAUCGGCACUGAGGAAACGUGACAUUACUGAUGAGCAGGAAACUACGCCAUGGCUGAAAGGAAGAUCAUUUUUCUAUGUGAGCCGUGACAGAAUGGUGGACUGCCUGAGUCGAGUCAUGUUGCACACAGCUAUAUCUUGCUGGCAGCCACUGCUGGGACUGGCCCUGGUGGCCAUCUUCUUAGGCUCUGCCCUUGCCUGCCCUUCCCGCUGUGAGUGCUCUGCCCAAAGUCGCUCCGUCAUCUGCCAUAGGAAACGUUACCCGACUAUACCAGACGGCAUUCCCAUUGAAACGCGUAUCCUGGACCUGAGCAAGAACCGCAUCCAGGCCAUCAAUCCAGAUGACUUCUCUGUCUACCCACACAUUGAAGAGCUGGAUCUGAGUGGCAAUAUCAUUGCCUACGUAGAACCAGGCGCUUUCAACUUACUCUCUAGUUUACACUCGCUCAGUUUGAAGAGCAACCGCAUCAAGCUCCUGUCACUGGGCGUAUUCACCGGGCUUUCAAACCUCACCACGCUCGACAUUAGUGACAAUAAGAUCGUCAUCCUGGUCGAUUACAUGUUCCAGGAUUUGCAUAAUCUCAAGUCAUUAGACGUAGGGGACAAUGAGCUGGUGUAUAUCUCACACCGAGCGUUCAAUGGCCUGAUUUCACUGGAGAGUCUAACACUGGAGCGCUGUAAUCUGACCAUGGUGCCAACAGAUGCCCUGUCCCACCUUCACAACUUGGUGAGCUUGCAUAUGCGCUACCUCAGCAUCAGCAGCCUCCAACCUUACUCUUUCAAGAAACUAUUCCGCCUGCGCCACCUGGAGAUUGACAACUGGCCUUCACUGGAUGUUUUCCCAGCCAACACUUUGCAUGGCCUCAACCUCACCACACUUUCUGUCACCAACACCAAUCUGUCCACAUUCCCGUACCAAGCCCUGCGCCACAUGCCUUACCUCACGCACCUGAACCUGUCCCACAGCCACAUCCGCACUGUGGAAGGAGGUCUUCUGCAGGACCUGGUGCGUCUCCGUGAGCUGAGAUUAGCAGCAGCCCAGCUGGUGUCUGUGGAGCCCUAUGCAUUCCAGGGUCUACGUUGGCUCAGACUUCUUGACGUGUCCCAUAACAGGCUGGACACUUUGGAGAAAGGUGUUUUCCAUGCUCCACAGUCUCUGGAAGUGUUGCUCAUCAAUGACAAUCCUCUUGUGUGUGACUGCCGGCUCAUGUGGCUGCUGCAGAAGCAGCACUCAAUCUCAUUUGGAGAAGAGCAACCUGAAUGCAAUACUCCUGAGGGAAUCCGCGGGCGCCCUUUCAAGGAGGUCAAGGAAACCCUGUUGUCCUACUACAUGACCUGCACCAAGCCCAAGAUCCGAGAGAACCGGACACAGCUGGUGUCGGUAGAGGAAGGGCAGCCUGCCCAGCUACACUGCAGUGCCGAGGGGACUCCUCGACCCACCAUUUCCUGGGUCACACCACGCAGAAGACAUCUGACCAACAGGAGUCAUGGAAGAGUAAUGGUGCACAACAAUGGCUCACUCUAUAUCAAGGCAGUGGAGCUUCAAGAUGGUGGUGUGUAUGUAUGCGUGGCCUCUAACACAGCUGGAAAUGACACGCUCAUGGUGUCCUUGGCCGUCAAGAGUCUGGGCUCACUCUAUGCUAAUAGGACCCAGUACUACAUAGAUCCUAACAGUACUACUGCCAACAGCACCAAUACCCCCAACACAACCUUUGGCCUGGACCUAAAGACCAUCCUUGUUUCUACAGCCAUGGGUUGUUUCACAUUCCUUGGAGUCGUCCUGUUCUGUUUUCUGCUCCUGUUUGUAUGGAGUCGGGGCAAAGGAAAGCACAAAAACAACAUUGAUAUAGAGUAUGUGCCACGCUCCAAGUCCAACGGGGCCUCGCCUGAGGAAGCAGAACAGACCUCUGGCCCUCGACGCUUUAACAUGAAAAUGAUUUAA